GUGAAGAGGAUUGAAGUUGUGAAGGUUUGAAGGAAUUAGCAAUAAGCGCUCGCCGAGAGGCGCUCACUUUUGAUUCGUCGAGGUGGGAAUAACGUUCGUGAAGAGUAGCAAAGAAGUUCGUAAGCGGAGAAAAGUCUUGUUUAGCGUGCACGACAACAGAGUCAGGCCAGCAUGGCCGAAGAAGAUAGAGCUUCCCGCAGUCAGCACAGGAGAGGUCGGUCUCCUCCAAGCCACUCAGAUAUUCCAGUUUCAGACGAGGAUAGACUUCGAUUGCUUAUCUCGAAGUGCUACGACGACGGGAUCCUCCCAGAGAAGUUCAUGCAUGGUGAGUGGAAGAUGGAAGUUGGAGUCAAAACUUUUGUGGUCAACCCACGCCUGGACGAGUUGACCACAAAUUGGUUAAAAGAAAGAACUGUGACAAUUAUUUUUCAAGGCGCAGCGAGGGACUUGCCAAUGAAGGUGAGGGAGGACCUAAUCAGAGCGUACGAAAAUGGGUGGUACAGGCAAAGAAUCUUUGAUCGCACUACCAAGAGAGGGAGGGUACACGCGGAAGGGCCGAAUGUUGUCUCCUACGUGGCGAAAUCGAGGGAGGUGGCACAAUGGAUGAUUGCGAAAGCAAAGGACAAUAUUGUAAUUAGAGGGGUCGAAUACAACAUGAUUUUCAAGCCUUGGCUCACAAGAACAAAAUUAGAGGAGAGAAGAAGAAUGGAGGACGACUCCAAGUUCUGGGUGAUGGCAAUCAGGGUCCCGCUACGAAGAAGAUUGGAGGACGACUCCAAGUUCUGGGUGAUGGCAAUCAGGGUCCCGCUACGUGCUAUGUUCCACGUGGAGAGUAUGAUUGAGACUUCGAUGGGCCACGUCAUCAACAGUCUUCCUCCGGAACAUGACAAAACGAGACCGAAAUUGAUGAAUUUGAAAUUUGACCUGGGCAUGGGUUACCAUCAACAAAACCCGGCGCUAACAGGCCAUAUGCCACAGUUCUACAACUGCUAUGGCACAGGUCAAGGCUUAAAUUAUGUGGUGCAUGAGGUCGCACGAAGGGAACUCGCAGUGGACCACGGAGGAAGAGAACGUCAAGCGAGGUGCAGGCAGGAAGAAGGUACAUCCAGGCCAAGGAGACAAGAGGUGGUUCACUCCGACGAGGAAGCUAACUCCGAGGGUAUUCCUGAGGCACCAACAUCGGAACUCUCCGGCAUGGAGGCUUCGCCAGGAAGGAUCCCCGAGGGCGUAGAUGCAGCCGGGAGAGACGGUCGGCAGUUUGAGGAACAGAUUCUGCUCCCGCUCGUUUGCACAAUGCAGGAUCAAAAGGCUUACGUUAUAGGUCUCCUUGAUAGAGCGGACAAGCUGAUCCUCCCAACGGGGGGUCUGACGGACAUUCCGAUGCAGUCAACCGUUAGAGAAUAAGUGAAGUACCUGUUUGCGGAUCGUUUCAAAUUUAGAUUGUUUCCAGAGAUUUACAUGCCUAAGCUUAGAGUAG